AUGUCAGAAAUAGUUCAGGCACUUGUUAUUGAUAUUGGAUCUGGAGUGGUGAAGUCUGGUUUUGCAGGAGACGAUGCGCCAAGGGCUGUGUUUCCUAGUAUAGUGGGGUCCCCCAAACACAAAGGAGUGAUGGUUGGAAUGGGGCAGAAGGAUGCAUAUGUGGGAGACGAGGCACAAACGAAGAGAGGGAUUCUUCACAUAAAGUAUCCGAUUGAGCACGGGAUUGUAAACAACUGGGAUGACAUGGAGAAGAUAUGGCACCACACGUUCUACAACGAGCUAAGGGUUGCACCUGAGGAACAUCCUGUUCUUCUCACUGAGGCACCGCUCAAUCCAAAGGCCAACAGAGAGAAGAUAACCCAGAUUAUGUUUGAGACGUUCAAUGUGCCAUCAUUUUACAUUUCCAUCCAAGCUGUCCUGUCUCUUUAUGCAAGCGGGAGGACGACGGGGAUAGUGUUUGAUUCUGGAGAUGGUGUUUCGCAUGUUGUGCCUAUUUAUGAGGGGUAUUCUCUUCCAUAUGCAAUCAACAGAAUUGAUCUUGCAGGAAGAGAUCUAACAGACUACUUGCAGCUCAUUCUCACUGAAAGCGGGAACUCAUUCACAACGACAGCCGAGAGAGAAAUAGUUAGAGACAUCAAGGAGAAGCUCUGCUAUGUAUCUCUGAACUACGAGGAAGACAUGAGGAACACCGAGCAUUUGGCUUCGAUCACAAAGACUUACGAAAUGCCUGAUGGGCAAGUUAUCUCGAUAGGCAAUGAGAGGUUCAGGGCCCCGGAGCUCUUGUUCCAGCCCAAGCUCCGUGGACUCGAGUUGAAGGGAAUCCAUCAGAACAUUUACGACUCUAUCAUGAAGUGCGAUGUUGACAUCAGAAAGGAGCUUUACGGAAACAUUGUUCUUUCUGGUGGUACCACCAUGUAUCCUGGGCUAGCCGAGAGAAUUCUCAACGAGAUCAAGGCUCUUGCGCCACCAGUGAUCAAGAUUGGAGUGGUUGCACCGCCCGAGAGAAAAUACAGUGUAUGGAUUGGAGGGUCUAUCUUGGCAUCUCUUUCUACCUUCCAACAGAUGUGGGUCUCUAAGGCUGAGUACCAGGAGCAUGGGCCAUCCAUCGUCCACAGGAAGUGCUUCUGA